AUGGAGCAAGCUCGCGAAGCACUUACCCGGCUGCACUCGGCCGAGGCUCUACGAUUGCUCAACCUCGGAAAGGAAGACCGCGUUGUACUUGACGUUGCCGCCGCUCAGGAGCUCCAGCGCGUCCAUGCCAGUGACAAAGACUACAAGGUGCUGGCGACGGACUUCGCCGAGGCCAUGGUAGCCGCCUGCAGGACCGAAGCGCACGACCAGGGUCUCAGCGACAUCGUUGAAUGCAAACAGAUGGAUGGAGAGGUGACAGGCAUCCCGUCCUUCUUCCGCCGCGUGAUGUUCACCAACCUGAUCUCUCUUCUGUUUCAGGACAUGAGCUCGCUGAGGGAUGAAAGUGUGGACGCCAUUGGGUGUGUGUUUGGCGUGAUGUUCUUCCCCGAUGUGGUCAAAAGCUUCAGGGAAAUGCUGAGAGUGCUGCGUCCUGGCGGGCGUGCAGUCAUCGUCGUCUGGAAGAAAGUGGCAACGCUGCGGCUGAUGCAGGAAAUCGCCCAGCGGUUGCGUGCUGCUUUUCCUCAGACCUCGGCAACAGAGGCCGCUGACGAGGCGCAAUCCGAAGCAACGGCACGCAUGGUCUACAGGCUGGGUGACCCUGAUGAGCUCACGAGACAGCUGAACGCUGCUGGCUUCACCAACGACCAGAUCGUUAGCAUGUCUCCCUUCGAAGCUGAGUGGACCGGCAUAGAGCCAACCGACGAAGUCGUCGGGAUGAUGCUGGACAAGCCUGGGGUGAAGGCGUCCUACGCCCCAGAGCGGGACCAAGCGGCGGCCAUUGUGAAGGAGUGGUUUCAGACCGCUACCUGGGACAAUAUCUCCCUGAUCGCCCUGCUGAAGAAGUAG